AUGAUGGCUCUUACGGCUGAAAGUUCCAUUACUACGUACACAUCUGCUUCAAUCCUUGAACUCGAUUCAACAAAGUUUGAAGAGAUUCGCAAUGUUAUCAACAACGCGUAUCAAUCACGUGCUUAUCUUCUCAAAGCUGAUGCUGAGCGUGUAAAAACUGCUGAAACAAUGGCUGAGGAAUUACAAUCAGGCGGCUUUCUUAUUGUUCUUAGACAAAGAAAUGAAGUUGUCGCGACGGCUGCUGGUAUACCUGUUGACGAUGAGAGUUGGAGAGCAGCCAUGGUUGCAACGAAACCAACACGUGUUCACUGUGGCUUCGGAACUCAGGUCAUGAGGCAUCUCUAG